AUGGCGAAUUUAUCUAUAUUCCUCUGUGUGUUUCUUGCCAUUACUAUUGCUUGCUGCUGUGGCCAAAGUGCGUUAGCAUCUCACGAUCACACUGGAAAGAAGAAGCCCAGGGAUGGGGACCGAGAUUGGUCGCCCAAGCAUUCACCACCAUCACACAAGGCUCCAAAGGCUCCAAAGGUUAGAUCUCCUCCUCUGUUUGAAGAUGAAUCUCCUCCGCCACCCCAUCAUGCUCCAAAGGCUCCGAAGGCUCCAAAGGUUAGAUCUCCUCCUCCGUUUGAAGAUGAACCUCCUCUGCCACCCCAUCAUGCUCCAAAGCCUCCGAAAGCUCCAAAGGCUCCGAAGGCUCCAAAGGUUAAAUCUCCUCCGCCAGCCAAGGCUCCUCCUCCCCCUUCUGUCACGCUACCACGGUCGCCGCCACCACCCAGGAGCUCGUCACCGCUCACUGGCAAAGAGUUUGACGUCAAGAGCUAUGGAGCUGUCGGCGAUGGAAAGCACGAUGAUGCCCAGGCCUUCCUAGACGCUUACAAUGCAGCAUGCCAAGCCGGCGACAAUGCCGUUAUCUUGGUGGAUGGAACUCUGCAUGCCAUCCCAAGGAGUGCGUGGCUGUCCAAGUUUUCCUCCGAGAAAAGCUGGCUCCUGUUCACUAAGGUGACGGACUUCACACUGACUGGCGGAACUUUCAACGGCAACGGCCAAGAUUGGUGGGCUCAUUCCUGUAAGAAAGACAAAAGCCAGCGCUGCACAGAUGCUCCCACGGCUGUGAGGUUUGAGGACAGCAAGAACAUCAAGGUGGAAGGCAUCACCAUAACCAACAGUCCCCAAAUCCACAUUACGUUUUCGGACUCUCAGGCCAUCCAGGCAACAAACGUGGUGAUAAAUUCUCCAGAAAGCAGCCCAAACACCGAUGGUAUUCACGUUUCAGGGAGCACUAAUGUUGUAGUUAGAGACGGAGACAUCUCUGCCGGUGACGACUGCGUGUCGAUUGUUUCUGGGAGCUCCAACAUCCAGGUUUUGGGCGGGCGAUGCGGCCCUGGUCACGGCAUCAGCAUCGGAAGCCUUGGCAAGGGCGGGUCUUACGCCACCGUUUCCAACGUUCAAGUCUCAGGUGUCAAGAUCGACGCGGCCACAAAUGGCGUACGGAUCAAGACAUGGCAGGGUGGCAAAGGUUACGUGAGCAAUGUGAUAUUUGAAAAUAUCAGCAUGGACAACGUGAAGAACCCGAUCAUUAUCGAUCAAAACUACUGCGAUGGCGGCUGUGGCAAGAAGCGGGGGUCGUCUCUAACAAUCCAGGGAGUUACGUACUCGAAUAUCGUGGGCACUUCGGCAUCUCCGGACGGCAUCAACUUGCACUGCAGCUCAAGCGGCGCAUGCACGAACAUCCACUUCAGCAAUGUCAAGCUGACCCUGGGCAGCUCUGGAAAGGCGGCUGGAGCGGUUUGCGAGAAUGUUCAAGGCUACACCUCAGAUUGCAGAAGUUCAAGUUAG